AGCAAACAUGUGUGAAUGAAUACCUAUGGUUUUUUUGUUAAUUGACAUAAAAACUCAUUAUGAAAAAUUAGUUUCUAUAAAAUUUGAAGGGAGUAAAAAAUGAAUUUGGGUUACAACUACGGAGUAUGUCAAAGUGGUUACCUCCAACUAAAUCUGGACAAGAUUCUAGUUCUGAGCAGCUAUCGUAAUCAGCCAUGUUUCGAGCGCUCGUGGUUCUGUCGCUCUUCAUCUUAGCUCGCGUAGGCCAAGUGUUCUCGCACCAAGAGUCCGGCGAGUGGAGUUGCGAAUCCCACGCCGAGAUCCGAGUCCGGGCGGAAUUCAGACCCGGAGUCGUCACCGUCGACGGCCAUGUCGAUGACUGGAAGGACGUUGAUGGUACUCAGUUUCCUCUUUUGCCUGCGUUGGAUCCUGAUGCUGACAAGGCGUACAAUGGCGGCAAGAUGACCAUCAAGACAUUGCACGACGGGAAAGAUAUAUUCUACAUGUUGCAGGUUGAUGGGAACUACGCUUAUUCUGACGGAGACAAUAAGAAAUGCCCUUCUGUAGCUCUCAUGUUUGCAGUUGGGGAAAAUGCAACUUAUCACAGAAUGGGUGGGUGUGAACAAGAACCGGAUAGUUGCAACAGCAAGACAUGCCAUGGCCAUGAAGUUGACAUAAUGCACUUCUCAAUAGGGAAUGCUAUACCUGGGCGGCUGUAUGGAGGCAAUCCAGUAGACAAUGGCGAAGGAAAUGGAGGAGACAGGUUUGGUCACUUGGUUGAUCUUUAUGCAUGGAAUCCUCACUGCAGAUACUUAGAUGGUGUUGGUCCUACAGCAAAUGAUUCUAGUGCGCAGAAUGAUUGGAAAGGUGCAUGGUGGCAUAGUAGCCUGACCAGUCACUCUGGUUUUGUCAAGGAAGACAGCCCCUAUGCAUCAAAUACUCAGCCAGGAACAUAUUACUUUGAAUUCUCCAGGCCUUUAUCAACAAUGGACCGUCUGCAACAGGAUGUUCAGUUCACAAUUGGUAAAGCAAGUAAGAUUUCUGCAGCUCUGUGGUACCCUGUUGAUGGGAAACCGUGGCAUGGAUCUGCACAUUACUCAACUAGCUGCGAUUGGAUACCAAUGGACAUUAUGGCAAGCAUUAGUGGUUCCAAGUCCGAGGCAGCAGUGAGCAAUCCAUGGGAUGCUGCAACUGCCUUUUCUCUUCUGUUUUCUGUUGUGGCUUUCUGCACGUCUCUUUUCAUUGGUCAUCGAAUUUCAACAUCUAAGGAAAUCCGUUUCACAGCUAUGGACAAUCUUUAAGAUGUGGUUGCCACUUGAGCUUGUUUGCCUUGCUUGAAUCACCAAAAUUUUCCAGUGUGUUUGGUUUGGUUACCGAGUCGUAUUGGUUUGGUUACAGACUUAUUGACAUCACCCCAAGGAUAUGAAGAGAGCGCCAAUUCUCGUGCGCAAAUGAGAUGUUUUUGGUUUUUUUAAAAUCCAUGAUCAUAUUAGAUCAAAGGAUCCAUAUCGAGUUUCCAUUCACACACAUAAGCUUCUUUUGUACAAAAUUUACUACUCAUAUCACUGCAGUAUAUGUAUC